UUAAGAGAAGCCGUAGAGAGAGAACUGGCAAAAUUGGAAGCUGAAGGUGUCAUCUCACCCAUUAAUUACAGUGAGUGGGCAGCUCCAAUAGUUUGUGUGCCUAAAAAGGAUGACAGUGUGAGAAUAUGUGGAGACUACAAGGUCACCAUCAAUCCAUGGUUGAAUGUGGAACAGUAUCCACUACCCAAAACCCAAGAUUUAUUUGCUAAACUAGCAGGAGGUCAGCAGUUUACCAAAUUAGACUUUUCGCAGGCUUAUCAGCAAGUUCUGUUAGAGGACAAUUCAAGACAUUACCUAACUAUCAACACACACAGAGGGUUGUAUCACUACAAUAGGUUACCCUACGGUGUUGCUAGCACCCCUGCUAUUUUUCAAAAGAUUAUGGAUCAGGUUCUUCAGGGCAUGGAAGGGGUCAUCUGUUAUUUAUAUGACAUCUUAAUUACUGGAAAAGAUACAGAAAGGCACCUGACUAACUUGGAAGAGGUGCUUAGUAGACUUGAAACUUACAAUCUCAGGGUUAAAAGAGAGAAGUGUGCGUUCAUGCAGAACAGCGUUUCAUACUUAGGGCAUGUCAUUGAUGCCAUGGGCAUACAUCCAAUGAAGGAAAAGACAGAUGCUAUUCAGAGGGCUCCAGUUCCAAAAAAUGUAACUGAACUCAGGUCAUUCUUAGAGUUACAUAUCAUACUAGCAUGUGAUGCUUCUCCUUAUGGAGUUGGUGCUGUAAUCAGCCACAAAAUGAAAGAUGGAAGUGAGAGACCUAUCGCAUUUGCAUCCAGAAUGUUAACUAAAACAGAACAGAAUUACUCUCAACUGGAAAAAGAGGCACUGGGUCUUGUUUUUGGAGUUAUGAAAUUCCAUGAGUAUCUUUAUGGAAGGAAAUUCUUGUUAUUGACAGACCACAAGCCACUGUUGAAAAUUCUGGGGCCUAAAACAGACUUACCUCUUACUGCUAGAGAAAUAGCCAAAGAAACAGACAGAGAUCCUGUGUUAAGAGUGGUUAAACAGUUGGUGUUAACUGGAUGGCCUAAACAUGUACAGGAUGAGUCACUGAAGCCUUAUUUUCAGAGAAAAUUAGAGCUUAGCAUUGAGGAUGAUUGUUUAUUAUGGGGUUACCGUGUGGUAGUGCCUGAUAAACUAAGAGACAGGCUAUUGUCUGAAUUA